AUGGACAGGGCAAAGGUCAAGAAGAAGACCACCAUCAAGGCGGCCCCGGCACUGGGGCGCGGCCGUGCCUCGGCAGCCAACGUGAGUUUGGCGAACGGGAAGCAAGCGUCGUGCCCGGUCGUUUGUGAAGGAAAACUUGGUAGGGAUAAAGGGUGUGCAUUUUUUUCCAGCUGCCUGGCCCAGCUCCAGCCAAGCUCGGCCGCCCGACGGACGCCUUCGGCCAUCCGGCAAGGCUCAGCAGACAUCAUCCGGUGGCUGACGCCGCCCACCCCGCCGCCGGAGCACCUCCACUUCCUGCCCUGCUGCCCGUGCCGGUCCGGCCUGGAGGAGCGCGCCUGCACCCCGGUGUGGUGCUUCUCGUACCGCUACCUCGACUGGCUGCUCGCCGUGGCCGUGGUCCUCGUGGCCGUGUGGCUGGCCAUGCUGCUCACCGUCGGCCCGGACGUCGUCGGCCCCGGCACCCCGCUGUUCGCCGUGGGCUCGGUGGUGCUGGUGGCGUACGCCGUGGGCUGGGCCAUGUACUACCACCUCAACCUGCCGCCCACCCUGGGGAUGCUGUCCGUGGCCCUCGUCUACCGGAACGUGCCCAUCUGCUGGGACGCCACAGACCACCUCGACCACAGCGUCAUUGCCGCCGUCAAGUCCCUGUUCUUCACCAUCAACAUCGUCAAGGCCGGGCUGUACUUCGACGGCGCCGUGUUCCGCAACUACGGGCUGACCAUCGUGCUGACGGCCGUGCUGCCGUGCGUGCUGGAGUCCCUGUACGUCAGCAUGCUGGUGCUGCAGCUCUUCGACGUCCCGCAACUGUGGGCCCUCACCCUCGGCUUCCUGUGGGGCGGCGUGUCCCCCGUGCUGCUGUCGCUGUGCCUGGUGUCGCUGGCCAACCAGGGCUACGGCACCAAGACGGGCAUCCUGUCCAUCCUGCUGGCGUCCGGCACCCUGGACAACAUCGUCAUCAUCGUCAUCUUCGACAUGCUGCGGGAGUCCAUGGCGCUGUCAGGCAGCGAGGCGGCGUUGGUGUUCGGGCGGAUCGCGAUGAAGGUCAUCAUGAGCGUCUCGUCGGGCUGCUUGCUGGGGCUCGUCAUCGCCUGCCUGCCGAAUAGGUACAGCAAGCACGCGCUGCUGGCGCGCUUCGCGCUCCUCAUCAUGUCGUCCACGUGCAUCCACCUGGCCUGCAGCCUGUACAAGCUGGACACCGCCGCCUACCUGUGCACCGUGACCACGGCCUGCUUCAUGGUCAACUGCUGGCGCGCCAUGGAGUGGCACGAGGACGCGACUCCGCUACGAGAGGCGUUCGAGAUGCUGUGGCACUUCUGCCACCCCAUCAUGACGGUCAUGAUCGGCAUCUCGUGCGACUUCUCCUCCAUGAAGACAGACACCGUGUGGAAAGUCCUCGUCAUCUACUUCACGGGCCUGGCGGUGCGGUUUCCAGUGACGUACAUCGCCACUGCAUUCAGCAGGAAGCCUCCGAAGCAGCGUUUGUUCAUGGCGGUGUCCUACUGGUCGAAGGGGCUCCUCCAAACCGCGCUGGGCGGGCUGGUGCUGGAGGCCAUCACGGAGGACUCGGACCUGAGGGAGGUGAUCGCGACGAGCGUGGCUCUGGUGGUGAUCGUGGGCACCUACGUGGUCGCCCUGUCGUCCAAGUACCUGGGCCCGCUGCUGCUCCCCAGGGCCGAGUGAAGGUUCAGGGGCGACGAUUACCUUUUGUUAGCUGCUGUUGCCGUCAAAAUCUUGCGCGGCGAAUAACUGUGGCAAUUGAAACGAGGGGCUUCUGCUUGCGGGCCGCGACACUGCAACACGGCCGCGCGUGACGUUGCCGGAUCUUGACAUGACAGGGGGGGAGGGAACCAAGUCGCACCCAUUGCCCACUGACAUGGGCGGCUUCAGCGACUUGCCUGGGCUGAGCAAUAAAGACGUAUCCCAUGUUGGCAGACAUGGAUUCUAUUUUGCAUUCAAUUUUAUUCUCGCAUUUCAGCCUGCAAAGCAAACCUAUGACACUUACG